AUGACCGACAAGAAGAACGAGGACUAUGUCGUCCAGAUGGGCAAUGACAACUAUGAUAAGAAUGAGAAGCCUUCUUUCCAGGCGCGAUCACCGCCUCCCGCAGCGUAUGGAUCAAGUCCAGUCAGUGGCCUUGAACAGUUGGAAAAGAGCCCGCCCUUGUCUAUCUUGGCGUAUUGUUUGUCGUCAAUCAGUAUGACCGUUGUCAACAAGUAUGUUGUGUCGGGUAGUUUCUGGAAUCUCAACUUCUUCUACUUGACUGCUGUCGUGUGUAUUGGCGCAAUCACUCUGUGCAAACAACUGGGCUUGAUCAAGGUUCUUGCUCCUUUCGACUCUGAUCGAGCAAGAAAAUGGUUCCCUAUCUCUCUUCUCCUCGUCGGCAUGAUUUACACCAGUACAAAGUCGCUUCAGUUCCUCUCGGUCCCCGUUUAUACGAUCUUCAAGAACUUGACCAUUAUUGUCAUCGCAUACGGCGAGGUCCUUUGGUUCGGCGGCAGUGUUACACCACUGGCCCUGCUCUCUUUCGGUCUCAUGGUGCUGAGCUCGAUCGUCGCAGCGUGGGCAGACAUCCAGAGUGCCAUCAACGGUGACUUUGGUACUGCCGACUCAGCUGCUGCUGUCUCUACACUCAACGCUGGUUAUGCCUGGAUGGGAAUGAACGUUUUCUGCAGUGCUGCCUACGUGCUGGGCAUGCGCAAGGUCAUCAAGAAGAUGAACUUUAAGGACUGGGAUACCAUGUACUACAACAACCUCCUCACGAUCCCUGUUCUAGUUGUCUGCUCGCUUCUUACAGAGGACUGGUCCGCCUACAAUUUCUCUCGCAACUUCCCCGACGAUACCCGUAACAAGAUCAUUAUCGGCAUGAUCUACUCUGGCCUUGCAGCUAUCUUUAUCUCAUACUGCUCUGCUUGGUGCAUCCGCGUCACCUCCUCGACAACAUAUUCUAUGGUUGGAGCCCUCAACAAGCUUCCUAUUGCAAUUAGCGGCCUGGUCUUUUUCUCAGCCCCAGUCACUUUCGGCAGUGUGUCUGCCAUCUUCCUCGGCUUCAUUAGCGGUCUGGUCUAUGCCUGGUCCCGUGUACGACAAUCGAUGUCCUCGGGAGGAUCACUGCCUACGGUGCGGCCUACGAUGAGCGCGAGCGCCAAGAGCAACCGCGAUGCCAACUCUUAG